AUGGAGAGCCAUCAAAAAUUGGCGGAAAAGCUCACCAUUCUAAAUGAUAGAGGGAACGGGGUGCUGAUACGCAUCAACUACAUCAAAAAGACCUGUGCAGAUGUAAAGCUGCGGCCACCCAUCCUUUCAAACAAGACCAUGGAGCCUGCCAUUAAAUAUAUCACCAAAAAAUUUCCAAACAUUGACUUUCGUGGAACUGUUCAAAGUCUAACCAGCAUCCAGCGACAAAAGUCUGAAGUGAUGGAAGCCACAACAAGCUACUACGACUCCUUUCUGGACGUAGUAGAGUUCAGGGACCAUGUCUAUGAGUUACUGAACACAAUAGAUGCCAGUCAGUGCUUUUUUGAUAUUGCAAUAAACUUCGACUUCACUAAGAACUACUUGGACUUGAUCAUCACAUACACUUCGGUUAUUGUCACACUGGCACGAUUUGAUGAGAAGAAAGCUCUGGUGGGUAUGUUCAACUGCGCUCACGAGAUGACCAAAGGAUGUAGUGACCCUUCAUACCCGCGGCUCAGUCAAAUGUUUAUGGAGUACGAGCAUCCCUGGAAGAAGCUCACUGAGGAGUUCGGCCCUCACACUAAGUCUGUGACAGCUGCUUUGCUGUCUCUGAGGACGAUCUACCCGCGGAGGAACCUGCCGGUGGAAAAGUGGCAGAGUGCGCAGCUGCUCAGUUUGCUCAACGCUUCGGUGACAAUGUUGGAUCCGGCAUGCUGUGACACUAUGGCAUGUGAAUAUCUGUCUUUGGAAGUAAUGGAGCGCUGGAUCAUCAUCGGCUUCCUUUUGUGCCACAGCAGCCUGAAUAGCAACCCGUCCUCGCAGGAGCUGUGGAAAAUGGCUCUGCGGAGCGGCCUGUACAUAACCAUCACCAGGGAUGAGCUGCUCGGCAUACAUAAAGUCUCUGAGGACCUCUUUGACAGCAUCAAAGGAUAUGGCAAGCGAGUUACAGACAUUAAGGAGUGCCGCGAUCACGCCAUAGCCAACAGUGGUGCGCUGCAUCGAGAGAGAAGACAUUACCUUCGAGGAGCUUUAAAUGAGUUGGUAACAGUUCUGGAGGAUGAACCAGGAUUGCUGGGACCAAAGGCUCUUUUUGUCUUCAUGGCUUUGUCCUUCUCUCGUGAUGAGGUCCAGUGGCUUGUACGACACUCUGAGAACAUGCCUAAAAUAAAAACGCCGGAGGACUAUAGUGACAAUCAAAUGGCAGAGUUGCUCUUCCACAUGGAGAAACUGAAAAUACUCAUGAGAAAGCACCACCAAGUUGUACAGCGUUAUCACAUCCAGUACCUGGCUCAGUUUGAUGCCUUGGUUCUCAAUGACACUAUUCAGAACAUGCACGUGUGUCCAGAGGAGGAAUCAGUUCUGCUGAGCUCUUUUGUUUCAACACUUUCUGUGCUCUCAGUUAAACAAGUUGAGAGCAAAGAGGAGUUAGAUUUUCGGGGUGUCAGAUUGGACUGGCUGAGAUUGCAGGCCUACACGAGCGUGAACAAAGCCCCUCUGCUGAUCAGUGACUAUCCUGACUUAGCCAAGGUGAUGAACCUGAUCCAGUUCCAUACCAAGAUGGUGGACGCAAUCGAAGAACUCCUGCACGAGACGUCGGAUGUGUCCAUUCUCUGUUUCAACCCGAGGGUGUUUGAGAGGAUGUUUUGCCAAAGCAGCGAUGAAAUAACUAUGAAGAGAUACCUCAUGGCCUUCCCUCAUGUCUGCUCCCAUUUCCACAAGUGUGCACACCCUCUGUGCCCUGAAGAGGAGGAGGCGAUAGAGAAGAGGAGUCUCCACUUAUGUGUGGCCUUCCUGGAGCAUAUUGCCAAGAUGACAGGCACUAUCAUGUUGGAGUUGUGUGCUGAGCAGUGCAACCUCAAUGAGCAGUUGCUGCCCAAACACUGUGCUGAAGCGAUCAGCGCCGCCCGCUACAGAAAGCAAAAGAAAACUGUGCCCAAGAAAGGAGAAGUCCAGAAGGAAAAACCAGGAGCUGAAAGCCUGAGGAAGGACCGCACCAUAAUAACCAACAUGGACAAGAUGCAUCUGACGCUGAGUGAGAUAUGCUUCUCAUACAACUUGUGCAGCGAGAUGCUAGUCUCCCAGCACAUCAUCGUUCCUACCGAGUUCCUCUGUUCUCAUCUGGAGACACGCCUCUCCGAGAUCAUUGUGAGAAUGGCGCAUUCUGACCCGAGUGCCCAGGAGAUGACCCGCCCCACAGAGCUGUUGGCGGCAGUGUCUGCAUACGCUGCCACCCUGCAGACGCUUUCCAACUACGUCAAUGUUGACGCCUCACGGCUGCUUAAGACCGUCCUGCUGCAGCAGACGCAGCCUCUCGACUCCAGGGGGGCUCCAACAGUCACAAAUCUUUACACCAAUUGGUACCUGGAGUAUCUGCUCCGCCUGGCCAGCAACUCGCUAGUGGUGCACUGUCCGGCCAUGCUGUGUUUUGCCAAUCAAAUAUCAGACAACGACCCUCCUUUCCGAGCAGAGGAGUUCUCCGACAUAUCAGAACUGCGAGCACUGGCCGAACUGCUGGGCCCAUACGGCGUCAAGUUCUUGAGCGAGAACCUCAUGUGGCACAUCACGUCGCAAGUCAGUGAACUCAAGAAAUUAGUGGUGGAGAACAUGGACGUCCUAGUGCAGAUGAGGAACAACUUUGAUAAGGCAGAGGAGAUGGCCAAUCUCAAGAAAAGGCUGACAGGGGGAGAAAACCUGCUGAAGAGGAUGACCAUCAUCGGUGUGAUCCUUUCUUUCAGAAGCAUGCUGCAGGACUGCCUCACAGAGGUGCUGCAGAGGCAUUGCCCUUUCCUGAUGGGGCCCAUCGAGUGCCUGAAGGACUGCGUUUCUCCUGAUACAGACAUCAAGGUGACACUCAGCGUCUUCGAGUUAGCCGCCGCUGCGGGAAUGACUUGUGACGUGGACCCGGCCCUCGUCUCCGCUAUCAGAAGCAUGCAGACAGAUAACACAUCCAUAGAUGAGGAGUACAAGCUAUCGUGCUUGCUACUGGUCUUCAUAGCGGUGUCCCUGCCCAGUUUGGCCCUGGACCCCAACUCUUGCUACUGCAGAGAACACGGAGGGCACAACAACAACAUCCACUGUUUAGCGCUGGCCAUCAACCACGUGGCUGCCGCCAUGUUUACAGUGCAGAACAAGAAUAUAGAGCAGCAUCUCAAAGAGUUUCUUCUGUUGGCAUCUUCUGCCCUACUUCAGCUGGGACAAAACGUGGAGAAAACUGAGAUCAAAAACCGAGAGUCCAUCUACUUGCUCCUGCACAUGAUUGUGGAGGAGUCUGCGUUUUUGAGCCAAGACAUGCUGGAGAGAUGCUUCCCGUACGUUCUUCUCCGAAACGCCUACAGAGAAGUGUACAAGUCCGUCGUCAUCACCCUCGGGUGA